CGGUGGGACGCAGCCGACCGGCCCAGCCUGGAAUGACAGUGCGGAGAGUGCCUUCAGGCAUGUGGAGCUGACCCCCACGGCCACCUCUGCCAUGUCGGUGUCCCGGGCCCGGUACCCUUACCCCACGGUGGAUGUGCCGGACCACGCUCACUACACCAUUGCAUCAGUUAUCCUGGCUGUGGGGAUCACCGGAAUGGUGGGGAAUUUCCUGGUCAUGUACGCCUUCUGCAGGAGCAGGAGUCUCAGGACACCAGCCAACAUGUUCAUCAUCAACCUGGCCAUCGCAGACUUCCUCAUGUGCAUCACCCAGACGCCCAUCUUCUUCAUCACCAGCAUGCAUAAGAGGUGGAUCUUCGGGGAGACGGCGUGUGAGCUCUACGCCUUCUGCGGGGCCCUGUUCGGGAUCUGCUCCAUGAUCACGCUCACGGUGAUCGCCGUGGACCGCUACGUCGUGAUCACGCGUCCACUGGCCUCCAUCGGGGUGCUGUCUCACCGCCGCGCGCUCCUCAUCCUCGCCGCCACCUGGGGCUACUCCCUCGGCUGGAGUCUGCCGCCCUUUUUCGGCUGGAGUGCCUACGUCCCCGAGGGCCUGCUGACCUCCUGCACCUGGGAUUACAUGACUUUCACCCCCUCGGUGCGGGCCUACACCAUGCUGCUCUUCAUCUUUGUCUUCUUCAUCCCGCUCUUCAUCAUCAUGUACUGCUACGCCUUCAUCUUCCGCUCCAUCCGGGAGACAAACAAGGCCGUGAACGAAAUCAACAAGGAGAGCAAAAACGACUCCAUGAAGAAGUUCCAGCGCAUGAAGAGCGACUGGAAGAUGGCCAAGAUUGCGCUCAUCCUCAUCCUGCUCUACGUCGUGUCCUGGUCUCCGUACUCCUGCGUGGCCUUGACAGCGUUUGCGGGGUACGCCGACAUGCUGACGCCGUACAUGAACUCGGUGCCCGCCGUCAUCGCCAAAGCUUCGGCCAUCCACAACCCCAUCAUCUACGCCAUCACGCACCCCAAGUACAGGUCCGCCCUUGCCAGAUACAUCCCCUGCCUGGGUGUCCUGCUCUGUGUCCCGGCCCAUCAGCGCUUCGUCAGCAGCAGCUUCAUGUCCGCCCGUCGAUCCACGGUCAUCAGCCAGUCGUCGGUGCUCAACAACCCCCUGCACCGCAGCAUCAAGUCCCGUCUCUCCUCAGCGUCCGACGAGUCCGUACUAAACAUGGAUGCCAAAAGCGACCUCAGCAGCCCGGGCUCGCGGUCCGCCAGUCGCCAGGUGUCGAGUGAGAUCACCAUGGACACCGCUGAGUUGCUGCCCAUCUACUACUCCAGCUCCAUCAAGGCCAAGAAGAGCCAGGACUCAACUGUUUUUGAGAAGGCCGGUGUUGUACAGGAAGGGGUGGGAUUUAAUGCAGCCGUUGAUCAGAUCCCCAGCAUCUUCGUCACGUCAGAGUCCAGCCACGCCCUUCCCGGGUCAGAUGGUCCGGCCGUUUCCAGGUCCAGCCCUCACCGAGGGCCAGCCCCCCCCCUCCCUGGGUCAGGUCUCCAGGUCCAGCCCUCACCAAGGCCCAGCCCCACCCUCCCAGCCAAAGAACAGCAUCUAACUUUGUGACUCUUUCAUCAUUUCUCCAACUAGUCGUGUUCAUUUAUGUAUUUUUCCCAUAAAAGUGUUUUUUAAGGGACACAUUUUUCUGUGAAAUAACAUCACAGGUCUGAAAAGGUGCUCAUCCUAUUCAUUCCUGCAGAGGCCUCUCAAUAAAUGUCCCUCCCUCAACCUCGGGCAACCAGUGAUGAUGAAAACUUAAGCACAGCUAUGUUCUGCCUCCCCAUCUGAGCAGCGUUUUUUGUGUCCUGUCAAUUUUUUACACCCAUGAUUGCCAUUGUUGGAAUGGUCCAUUUCCCCCCUUAAUGACACGGUGUUGGAAUGGUCCACUUUACCCCCUUAAUGAUACGGUGUUGGAAUGGUCCACUUUACCCCCAUAAUGACACGGUGUUGGAAUGGUCCACUUUACCCCCUUAAUGACACGGUGUUGCUGUCCCUUUAGGAAUAUGUGAAAAUCUGGAAUUAUUUCAGAAGUGUUAAUAUGUUCUGUAUAUUAACUGAAAUGUGUAGGCAUGCAGUAGUUUUGUGACCCAUGUUGGAAUGUUCUGUACGGGAGACAGCAGCCAUAACUGUCUGACGUGUUCUUAGUUAUAAAGUCUGCAUGUUUUGUCUGCAGCCUGCUCUUUGACAAAUAGAUGUGUUAGUUGCCUUUUAUUGUGUUGUUAACAUGUCGUGAUUGUGACAAAUAGUUUUCUUUGUUGUCCUGUGCGAAUCGAAAUGGGGAGAUGUUGCUCUUCUCAGACAUGAACCCGAAGUCAGAGGGGGACCUGGGGUGUGACGGGCGGUGGCCCCCCCAGGAACGGCGGCUCUUUGGAGGACAUCGUCUGUCUUCAGGUCCUAUAAGCAGCUUUUCGAAACCUCAAAUUACAAGAAUUGCUAUUUAAUAUUAUGUAAAUAAACAAACAAACAAACAGCUUGGCUGUUCAUUAACUAUCCCAUGAAACCAAGAGGCACCUCAAUAAACACCAUCCCAGCCAUGCCUCAAUCUCAAUCUGCCCAGCCCAAUUCAGGGUCCUCCCUGGAGCGCGGACUGCUCACAUUCUCAAGGGUCAUGACGCCAGUGGUUACCCACAAUCCUUUGUGCAUAAAUCACACAUAGGUGCCGCAAGGCCAGCCAAUGAGCAUCACC